UUCCCUCGUCAAUUGCAUCAACAAGCUGAAGGAGGUGGGCUGGGCUUGAAACUAAAAGCGAGCGGAUUCCUCUUCUUUAGCAAUUGGUGGCGACGCUUACUCCGGCGACCUCUCAAUAGCAGCUGCGAUUGCGUCAGUUUUCUAAUUUGUACUCUCCCAAAUGAUCCUUGCCCUGACAUAACUGUAAGCUUCAUCCAGAUUAACUUUAUUAAGAAAUACGAGUAUGCAACAAUGGAACAGACUUUCAUAUGGUCUGGUAGUAAGGUUUCUCUUCCAGAAAGUUGAUUAAUUUCGCACAUCUACUAGUUCGGAAUUCGUAAUGUUGGUCUUUAACAUUUUUCGCUGUUCCCCUGCAAUGAAAUCCUAUCAUCUGCAAAAUGUAGCAGCAUGUGUUUUAUUAAACUAUAGAUGUUACUACCAUUUUGUACCGAACGCAGCUAGUGCUUCUGAAUCUUCCAUUUCUGCUAAAGAAAAUCUUUCUCAAAACAAAGUAGCAAUAUUUUGGGAUUUAGAUAACAAACCACCAAAAUCCUAUCCCCCUUAUGAUGCAGCCAUUCAGCUAAGAAAGUCAAUGGCUGAGUUCGGCGUUGUUCGAUACACAGUAGCUUAUGCGAAUCAUCAUUCAUUCCGUUAUGUUCCCCCAGAAGUAAGGGAACAGAGGAAGGAGAGGAAAGCAUUGAAUGAAUUGGAAAAUAAAGGUAUUGUAAAGCCAGAGGGGCCUUAUCUUUGCAGAGUGUGUGGAAGGAAGUUUUACGCUAAUGAUAGGCUUGUCAAUCACUUCAAGAUUCACGAACGUGAGAAUCAGAAAAGGUUGAACCAAAUAGAAUCGUCAAAAGGUGGCAGGCGAGUGAAUCUAGUUGCAAAGUAUUCGAUGAAGAUGAAUAAGUAUAAGAGUGCUGCGAGGGACACUCUGACUCCGAAAGUUGGUUAUGGAUUAGCUGAUGAGCUGAAACGGGCUGGUUUUUGGGUUAGGACUGUUUCAGACAAGCCUCAGGCGGCUGACAUUGCUUUGAAGGAGCGAAUGGUUGAUAUGAUGGACAGGAAGCUGGCGGAGUGUGUGGUUCUUAUUUCGGAUGAUUCUGAUUUUGUUGAAAUUUUGAAGGAGGCAAAACUGAGAUGUUUAAAGACAGUGGUUGUGGGUGACAGUAAUAAUGGGACUUUGAAGAGAAUUGCAGAUGUUGCUUAUUCAUGGCAGGAAAUUAUGAUGGGAAAAGCUAGGAAACAGGCAGCUUCAGUUGUAGGAAGGUGGAAGGAUGGUGAUAUCUUGAAGCAGUUGGAAUGGGUUUAUGAUCGAGAUAGGGACAGACGAUUAUAUGGAUUGGAUGAUUAUGACGACGAUGAUGAGUUGGAGUUUGAGGGCGAGAUUGCAGGAUUUUUAUGUGAGGAGGAGAAUGAUAUGCAAGAAGCAGAAAAGGGUAAUGCUUGGUGGGAGUUGGAAUCUGAUUCUAAGAUAAGGGAAUUUGAUGUUCAUCUUCCUUAAUAAUUUGAUCUUGAUAAAUACUUACAAUUUUAUAUGAUGCCAGCUUUUAUUGUGUGUUAUGAGAUUGAGAUCAUUUCUAAAGAUGAUCUUAAAAUGAAAUUAAAUUAUUGUUAUUUUUUGUAAGUAU